AUGCUGAGGGGAAGGUGGGGUAUUUUCCAAUGUACGUUGAUAUUCCGCGCGAGCUUUCAUGAUGUGAGGUCGAAGAAAAUGUGGGAGCGGCGACAAAGGGAGUUGCAAAAAGCUGGGGAGCAGAUGGAAUUAGAUGAGGAUGUGACGCCACCACCAAGUAUACCGCGAUCAUCGAGGGUAGCAACCCGUGACGAAAGCUGUGAAGGGGAUAAGGAAGCCAUGUUGGCGCUUCUCCAAGAGCAAUGGCAGCGCCGAGUUGCCCGCCGAGAAGCUUUUAUCCAGUGGCAAGCAGGGCAGCGUGAAAAGGGUGCGGCACAGCGGCUGGUGCGCCAGGCCAAAACACAAGAGAAAUUCAAGUCUCAUCGUUACCACACACAAAGUGGGAGGAUCAUUUCUGUGGGCCUCGCCCGGGAAGACGGCACAAGUAGUAAUUCUGACGCCUCUGUUGACUUGUACUCGGUGGGAAUGUGCGGCUCCCAGCUGCGUUCUGCUGACUUUCUUGUCCAACCUGGUUCUCGAAACACCCAUGGAACCGUCAACCUUGUUCUUCAGAAGCGGUGA